CCAGGAUUGGGAGGUAUACCACCACCACCCCCACCACCUCCAGUAUUGGGAGGUAUACCACCACCACCCCCACCACCUCCAGUAUUGGGAGCUAUACCAGUAGCACCACCACCCCCUCCAGGAUGGGGAGGUAUACCAGCACCGCCUCCACUUCCAGGAGGUCCAGCACCCCCUCCAGGAUGGGGAGGAAUACCACCACCCCCUCCACCUCCAGGAUGGGGAGGUAUACCAGUACCACCACCACCUCCAGGACAUCCACCACCCCCACCACCACUUCCUCCAGGAUGUGGGGGUCCACCCCCACCACCACCUCCCCCAGGAUUUAGUGGGCCUCCACCUCCACCUCCUGCUCCUGGCCUUCGUAAUCCACUUCUUAGCUCUAUGUCCUUACCAAAUUACUCAACUUCACGUGCUGCCAAUGCAUUCUACAACACACUACCAAAACCACGCUCAAAAAUGAAACAUCUUAAUUGGAUCAAAGUAAACAAUAAUAUAAACAACAAUUCCUUAUGGAAAAGCGUAAAUAAAGACCUGCUUGAAACUCCUCCGUCAUCAUUAAAUUAUGGGCAGAUUGAGGAGCUAUUUUGCCAGGUAAAUAAACCACAAGCUACAAAGGUGACCAAAAAACAGUCUACAGAUGUGGCAUUGCUGGAUCCCAAGAAAUCCUUGAAUGUUAACAUUUUUUUGAAACAGUUUAAAAUAUCUCAUGCCGAGGUUGCCUCACUCAUUCAUGACUGCAAGAGUUCAGAAAUUGGCUCGGAAAGGCUCCGGGGAUUCCUCAGAAUACUUCCCGAGGAAGGAGAGGUGGCGAUGGUCAAGGAAUAUGAAGGGGAUGUAGAGAAGCUCGGAAAUGCAGAAAAGUUCUACCACGAGCUCAUUAAGAUCCCCAAAUUCCAAGUUCGGAUUGAAGGCAUGAUUCAGAUGGAAGAACUAUAUCCAGCCGCAGACUACCUCAAGCCACAAAUUAAGAUGCUCCUCACCACAUGUGACAAACUUCUCAAUAAUGAGGUCAUCAGAGAUUUCUUUGCUUAUAUCCUUACAAUUGGAAAUUUCAUCAACAUGGGCAGCUAUGCAGGCAAUGCUUUAGGAUUUCGACUGAAUACAAUAUCCAAGUUAUGGGAAACACGGGCCAACAAACCAGGGAUGACGUUAUUACACUAUGUUGUUCAAAAUGUUGAAGAAGAAAAGUUGGAAAUACUGAACUUUGUUGAGGACCUAGGUGAUUUAAGUAAGACUGCCAGGCUGUCAGUGGAAGGGUUGACAAGUGAGGUGGCAGCUCUGAGAGCAGACCUCACAAUGCUGAUCAAGAAGCUAGAGAGUUCUCCAGAUGAUGUGAAGAAUCACUUUAAUGAUUUCACACUGAAGGCUGAGGAGGUGAUAAAGGAUCUUGAGCUUAGUUUACAGGAAAUUGAACGCUCACGAGUCAAAUUAGCUCAAUACUUUUGUGAGGAUGAGUCAAAAUUUCGUCUGGAGGAUUGUGUUGGAGUCUUCCACACACUCAACACCAAGGUUAUCGAUGCCAAGAAGGAAAAUGAAAGUAGGAGAAAAAGAGAAGAGCGCAAAAAGCACCUAGAGGAAGAACGACGUCGCCAGGAUGAGGAACGUGCCAAAGCUCAAGCAUCAGGUGUACCUUUAAGAAAAAGAGGCUCUGCCCUGCCUCCACUGGAGGAUAGUGGAAGUUGUGUUGUUGAUCGCUUGUUGGCCGACAUUCGGAAAGGAGAUUUUAAACUCCGCAAGAAAUCGGCUCCAACUACUCCUGUCACCAGUUGA